GAAACGCUUCUCAAACAAGAACAAAUGUAGAAUUAUUAUCAUCAGAAUUAUUCUGUUAUUCUGAUUCAAGAUUACGAGGAGCAUGAAUUGAACACAAUGAUGAUGUGAAACGAUAAAUCAUUUAGAAUAAACACUGCAAUAAAAUAAGAAUAGUCAAUGUUGAUUUCAUGGUGACUUUAAACUAUCAGAGAGAAAUUCACAAACACAAAUUAAUACAAAAACACAUUUUUGCGCAGAAACUAAACUGUGUGUGAUGUGACUUAAAUUUAAAUGUCCAAAAAGCCUGUUGAUAUGAUUUCAUGGAUCUGAGCUGACAUGAUCUAACAUUGAACAGUUGUGUUUUUAUUAACUAACAUUAAAGAUUAUUAACUACUGUAAUACAUGUGUUGCUCAUUGUUAGUUACCGCACUAAUUAAUGGGAGAUUAUGGGAACAACAUUGAUGUAAAUCCAUCAUAAGUGAGAUGAUCACUGCAUCAGUCAGACGGUUUCAUCAUCACUGGAUUUGGUAAUCGGUCACACUCAUGAAUGUGACGGGAGGAUUCAGCGCUCGUGGGAGUGACAGGGAAGGGCUCAUAUAACACACACACACACAUCACAAUAUAAAGCACAACACACACACACACACACACACACACACAUUCUUUCAUCUGAAGAAACAUGAGUGAGAAUCUGAGCAGCCGAGAUCAGGCAGGUCUGAUGAUGAAAGUGGAUUUACAGUGUGUGAAAAACAACACUGACCAUCACACAGAUGAAAUCACGGCGGAGCGUCUGAUCAUCCGCAGAGGAAAAGCCUUCAGUCUGAUCCUCAGCGGCGAGAGUCUGAAUCCAGACGACAUCGAGAUGACUGUGGAGACGGGUCCGGGUGCGAGUGAACAGAAGCGCACGCGCUCGUCCUUCAGCACGAACCCGCAGCGCUGCGGUCCCGGUGACCGCUGGAGCAUGAAGGUGUUGAACAGAUCCGUCUCCAGCGUCACCCUGUCCGUCAUGUGUCCGUCAGACGCCUGCGUCGGCCUGUACUCGCUGUCGGUCAGGAGCGGCUCCUGCUCCGUCCGGUGUGAGAGAGCCGUCACGGUGCUGUUCAACCCCUGGUGUGAAGAUGACCUGGUGUAUCUGCCGAACGAAGCGGAGAGGCAGGAGUAUGUCAUGAAUGAACAGGGAAUCGUGUAUAAGGGAGUGGAUGAAUACAUCACCAACAUGAGCUGGGACUUCGGUCAGUUUGAGGAGGAUAUAGUGGAUAUCUGUCUGAAGAUGCUGGAUUUGAACCCGAAGUGUCUGAAGGACGCACAGGAGGAUCAUUCGGCGCGCUGUAACCCCGUCUACGUCAGUCGAGUGGUCAGCGCCAUGAUAAACUCGGACGACGAUAAGGGUGUUCUGAUGGGUCAGUGGGGCGAUCGGUACAUCGGAGGAGUCGUUCCGUCCAGCUGGAGCAGCAGUGUGGAAAUAUUGAGACGCUGGAUCAAAUAUGACUGUCAUCCGGUCAAAUACGGACAGUGCUGGGUGUUUGCAGCGGUCAUGUGCACAGUGUUGAGAUGUUUGGGGAUCCCGUGUCGCGUCGUCACUAACUUUCAGUCGGCUCACGACACGGAUCAGAACCUCAUCGUCGACGAGUUCUUCAGCGACUACGGCGUGAGACCCAAAAAGAACCUGGACAGUGUUUGGAACUACCACGUUUGGGUGGAGGGCUGGAUGAGGCGUCCGGAUCUCUCCGGGAACUCGCUCUACGACGGCUGGCAGGUUCUGGACCCAACGCCGCAGGAGAAGAGCUCAGGCACUUACUGCUGCGGUCCAGCGCCCGUGAAGGCCAUCCUGGAGGGUCACAUCGACGUCAAGUACGAUGUGCCUUUUGUGUACGCAGAGGUCAACGCAGAUAAAAUCACAUGGUUGGUCAUGGCCAACGGCUCCAAGAAGAAGAUUCACUCAGACACGAGAACUGUCGGGCAGAAUAUCAGCACUAAAGCUGUGGGCAGCAACAGCAGACGAGACAUCACAGAUCAGUACAAGCACCCGGAGGGUUCUGUGAAGGAGAGAGCCGUGUAUGACGAGGCCUUUAGGCGAGCGACUGACCUGAAGCCGAGCGAGACGUCUCGUCCAACCCUGCAGAUGAAGAUCAGUCUGGACGAGCCGCCGCUGCACGGCGCCGACAUCAAACUCAAGCUCAUUCUGAGGAGCGAGAACGCACAAGAACUGUCGCUCAAGAUGAGCGCUCAGGUCAUGAGAUACACGGGAAUCCCAGUGGCCGGCGUCUGGAGCGACUCCACUGACAUCCGACUGCAGCCCAACACAGAACAAACUCUUCCCUUCACGGUCCCGUUCGCUGCAUACGGACCAAAAAUGCUGGACAACAACUGCAUCAAAGUGUCUGCGAUCUCAACGGGAAAAAACGAGCCGCAAGAGACGUUUCUGGCGGAGAAAGACAUCGUGCCACACAGUCCGACCCUCAAGAUCUCUGUGAGCGGGACUCCUCUGUGGGACACUGAGAUGAACGCAGAGGUCGUGUUUGAGAACCCUCUCCCCACGGCGCUGAAGAACUGCUCCAUCACGCUCACCGGCAGCGGCCUGCUGAAACAAACCGAGAAGUCCAACGCCGUUGAGCUCGGCCCGGGACAGAGAAUCACGCUGAGGGUGACGUUCAGACCCUACAGACUCGGACCGAGGAAACUGGUGGCCAACUUUGACAGCUCCACCUUCAGAGACAUUAAAGCCAGUCUGGACAUCAACGUCAGACCCGCGAGCUCACCUCUGGGAUACCUCAACUUCAGCAAAUGAGACGACUGGGAAGAACGAAGAAUCAGCUGCAUGAAGCUUUUAUUUGCAUGAACAAAGCAGAGAUGUUUUUCUUUAUGCUGUUAUAAUGAAGAAAAUAAUUAACAGUAAUCUAAUGAUUGUCACCAUUAAAAACAGUGAGAAUGCAUUAUAGGUAUGAAAAAGUUGCAAUACACUUUUAAAUGGCCUAUAUGUUACCUUCCUAAAGGCUUUUGUCAGCCAAACCCUUUUGACGUAAUAUUUGCUUGAAUUAUUUUUAGGUGUGUACCUGUUGUAGGUCUUCUUCUUCUUCUUCUUCUUUGCUCUGGCAGCCCAUAGAACCGCUUGUGGAAAAGUCAUGAAAUUUGGCACACAGAUAGAGGACAGUCUGAACUGGCACCAUAGCAAAUUUGGAGUCUCUAACUCAAUCGCUCUAGCGCCACCAACUGUCCAAAGUUGCACUCACAUUUAUGCUAAUAACUUUUGAACCGUAAGAGCUAAACAAAAUUCGAUUGCCGAUCAAAGACGGUUCGAUUUCACCCUAUGACGUCAUGUUCAGUCCAGAAAAUUAGAAUUUCCGAAAAACCUACUUUUUCUAACUCCUCCUAAAGCUGUUGCUCAGAUUAUCUUCAGUUGUGGAAUUCAAGCAGAUUUCUCAAACCGUUUUUGAAAAACGUGCAAAUAAAUUUUAAGUAGAGCUUGCAAAAAUAGACAUCAGGCCGCAUCUCCGCAACGCAUCAUCGUAUUUAGACCAAACUUGGUACGUCAUCAGGGUUGCCAGGUUUUCACAACAAAACACGCCCAAUUGCUCCUCAAAAGUAGCCCAAUCACAUUCCCACGGUAAAAAUCGAGUACCGGGGGUAAAAUUCGCUUCUUGGCAGGGCUUCCCUGGUAAAAUUCGCAUUCCAUUCGCAUUAUUUUGGGUCGCUUCAACCCGCGGACAUGAAAAACAACCCACGGCAACAGUGUAAAAGUAGCGGGAAAACCGCGGACUUGACAACACUAUAUGUCAUCACAAGCAUGACUUGAGGCUACAUGCUGCGUUUCGGUGCAGCGCCACCUGCUGGUCCGGAGAUAAGAAAAUUUAUAUUUUUGCUUAUAACAUCUGAAUGGUUUACCCAAAAAUCUUAAACUGGGCUCAUUAGAUUUGUCCAUAUCGGCCAUUUUGGGCAUCAGCCAUUUUGAAUUUUGUAAUAAAAUGCUGUAUUUUAUGAACGCAUUAGCGUAUCUUUACGAAACUCUGUAUGGGUUAUAAGCAUGAUGCCCUGAAAGAGUCUGAGAAGUUUCAGACCAGCACCACCUAGUGGUGAAAAGUAUUUAUAUGCUUCUAACUUUGGAUGUGGCUACUUAUUUUCAUGAGAUCUCAUUUCCUUAGACUCCUGAAUCCUUGCCAAGUCCAACGAUGCCAAACAUGCUAGGUUUCGCCUUAGUUAGUGCAACAUUGUGAUUUAAUGUUUACACAACAUUGUUUGUUUACGAAUAUCUUUGAAACCGUUAGUCCAAUCAAGACGAAACCACCGUACAAAAAUCAGAAACACUAAAGGCCAAAUGUCAAAAUUUUGAUAGAAAGUGGCAAAAAAUGCAAUCAAAGUCAGGUGUUGGUAAUAUUUUAUGUUCAUACAUAUGUUUAUAACUCUUAAACAUAAUUACAUAUUUUCACCAAAUUUGACACGCUUAUGUAUGGGGACACAAAAAAAGUGGUGGGACUGUGCCACUUGGUGGCGCUACAAUUGAACAAAAUAUGAAAACUUCAAAAUUGACAUGCAGCGUCUUUGUCUCGGUUCUUAUCAUAGUCUAUUAUGGAAGUCUUUGUCUGCUAGUAGCUUCCUUGCUUCUGUUGUGUUUGGACCCUUAACUGAUGCUUGCAGCUAUAUUAUGUAAUUUAUAUUUAAAGUUUAAAGGGUUAUUUGUCCAGCUGUGUUCAAUCUGAAUAAAUAAACAUUUAAAGCAAAA